UUUGUUCUACGUGUGGAAUCCAAAGUGAGGCUCACUGUCAUAGUUUCCACUAAUAAACAGUAUCAGGAGGCAGAGUGAUGUCAGUGUUCCACUGUGUCUCUCCCACUCUCUCGCACAGACACAGUCAUUGCCCUUCAUUCUGUAGGAUUAGUCAGCGUUGGCUUGUAUCUGUCAGUGGAGGAAUAGGAAGAGAGAAGAAAAUAGAUUUCCCUCCUCCUUCCACCGAUGAUUGGCCUGCAGUGAAUGAGACCAGGAAGAAGAGAGGAGGGGACUGUGGGCAAUGCGUCAUAGGCUGUGGAGCUGGGUGAGAGAGAGAGAGAGAGAUUAAAGUGUGAGUGACAUUUUCAGCUCUCCACACCCAAAUCUCUGGAAAAUUCCGUGAGUUUUCAGUCUGCUGCUGAGCGAGACAGGAACAAGCUGCAGCAGCACCAGAAGAAAACGCAGAUUAGUCAAUGUUAGAUGUUGUUUUCAAUUUCUAUCUUUAGAUUCUUAUUUCAUAAUCUUGGAAUGUGCUGUCUCUAACAUUGUGGACUUGAUGUACUGUGGGCACCGAAGGAGAAAAACUGCUGCUGUGUUUUCCAACAAAAACGCAUGUGAAGCCAGUGCUGGGGAAGAACCCGACUACGGUCCUGUUUGGAACCAUCCCGUUGUCUCUGCUUGUCCGUCACCCUGGGGAAAGCAACAGUCCUCCAACCUCGUCCCUCCUCUUCCUCAACUUCAUUGACUGUUACAGCAUUGCAUCGCACCCUGAACUCAGUUAUCAGGUGGAAAAGGUUGCAGAUCGGCGGGUCGCCUGUCAUGCACAUUAAGACCACUAAAUGUAACCGGUUCUGCCUGGUGGCCUCGGUGACCAACCGGGAGUUAUUCCACCACUCUGAGGCUGGCUUUGAGGCUUUGUUCCGUUCAUUCGACUCAGAAGUGCAGUUCCAGUACUUCAAGUCGUUUCGCCGGAUCAGGAUCAGUUUCAGAGAUGCUCUGGCUGCAGCGGAGGCGAGACUCCGACUACAUAAGACGGACUUCAACGGCAAAGAAAUGAGACUUUACUUCGCUCAGUCUGUUCACAUAGGGAGUCCUCGUCUGGAGCCUCCCAAGCCAGAGAAGCAGUUCCUGAUCUCACCUCCUGCUUCCCCUCCAGUCGGCUGGGAACAGUCUCAGGACGCCACACCGGUCAUCAACUAUGACCUGCUUUGUGCCAUCUCUAAACUGGGGCCAGGGGGGAAGUACGAGCUUCACACGGCAACACCAACCACUCCCAGCGUGGUCGUCCAUGUGUGCGACGACGAUCGCGGUGACAGCUCAGCGCCCGAUGACAGCGACCAGGAUGACAAGCCCCGCCCACCACGACCAAAGAUCAUUCAGACUCGACGGCCUGACUACACACCUAGAGUUGAGCAGUGAGCGGUGCUUACAGGGGAAUCUGUACUGUGUCAGCGUCUCCAACGAUCAGGAGCUGAACAUGCUCGCAGAGAUUUGGAUAAAGCUGUGGGACUGUGAGAAGGCGUCUGUGGGUGCUGCGAUAUCCAGCUGAAGCAAAUGAUUAGAAUUGCAUGCUGCAUUUGUGUCGUGUUCGACAGACCGAAGAGGGAAAUGGUUUAAAUGGACUUACUGUACGACUGUUGCUAUCUGCUCUGGUGCUCCAUUUGUCUGUUAUUAAGGUGUGAAGCAACCUGCUUCAGCUUUUUCACAUUUUAGUGGCUUGUGUGCUCACUAGCAUGAAGUCAUGACAGUGUCCAUUGCUCUGCACUGUUGUCUGAUGUAUCUGCUUGGCCUAAACAAAGCUGGCCUCCUGCUGUCUUACAGUCUUUGCUGCGACAGUUUUGCACCCAGUUCCUGGAAUUCUCUUCAAAAUAGUGUUUGAAGUUUUCUAUAUUCUGUGUGUGUUUUGGUUGUCUUAAAUAGCAAACAGCUGUUAUUAAAGGCACCCACAUAGGAAGUGAUUUGUAGUGACAGAGACCUUCAGGCAACAACUAUCAAAAUGGCUGCUGAUGACGUGAAGCGGGCCAGUUUGGAGUUAACCCUCAAGAACCUGAAUGUCUGCAGGCCGCUGACUCUCAACAACACAGUGAUCACAUCCUGCGUGGACGCCCGUUUACUCUUUGACUUAAAAUCCAACAAAUGUUUAUCUGUUACUUAAGAAUGCCACACUUACCUGUUACUGUCACUGACCAUGUCGUGCUGUCAUUUAAAAAAAACAGAUGACUCUUUUUGCCAUGUGGGGGUUAAAUAGUAUUCUGAAAAAUGUCUUUCUGCCAAUGUGUGGGAGUGCUGCUGUUCAACCAGUGACUCAGGGCCCAAACAAGCUGCCGGUUAUUUUGAGGCCUGUUUUGUACUUGUGGCACAUCCAGCUCAUGUCCUAAGGCUUUUACUACACUGCAAAAA